AUGUCUGGGUGGUUCAACGGAUGGUUUGGCAAAGGAAACGCCACAGACAUGAAACUCGAGGAAACGGACGACAAGUUGGUCUACGAUCAGGCAACACAACGAUGGAUCAAAGAGAGUGAGCUGAAGAAAGCUUCUUCCUCUGGAACUCCAUCUCCGCUCCCAACUACAACUUCGCCACUCCCACCUUCUUCCCCGCUCCCUACAGCAACCCCACCUGUCGGUGUGUGUCAACCAACAACUCCGGGCGCGGGGCGAAGACCGCGUUAUGUUGACCCAUUUACACAACAAGUUCAUCACACAGCGCCACCAGUGGUCGAAGUUUCGACAACCCCUGUUGUUUAA